CCAUCAGCCUAAGUCUACACACGACCUCCCCACCUCAUUGCUACCCCCACAGUCCUCUCAAUGGCUUCAGCAACAGACACAAACCUCCCAGCGCCAUCGCAACCCGCUCCAGAAACCUCCACCAAGUCAGCGAGCACGCAAUUCCCCACCAUAAAAAUCGGCACGCGCCGCUCCGCCCUCGCACAGGUACAGGCGCGAUGGGUCGAAGAGAAGCUCAAGAAGGUGCAGCCGGACAGGACAUAUGAGAUCUGCCCCGUGCUCGCGCAGGGCGACAAGGACAAGGUCACGCCGCUGCAGAUACUGAGCCAGGGCGAGAACGCGAAGAGUUUGUGGACCGGCGAGCUGGAAGCCAUGCUGGCGACGGGGGAGCUGGACUUGAUACAGCACUGUCUCAAAGAUAUGCCCACCCAGCUCCCCGACGACCUCAAACUCGGCGUCAUCCUCGAGCGCGAAGACCCCCGCGACGUCCUCAUCGUCUCCCCGCACCUCCCCCAAGACACCUCCCUCGCCACGCUCCCUGCCGGCUCCACAAUAGGCACGUCCUCCGUCCGCCGCGCCGCGCAGUUGCGCCGCAUAUACCCCGGCCUCAAGUUCGCGGACCUCCGAGGCAACAUCGGGACGCGCCUCGCCAAACUCGACGCCGAGGACUCGCCGUAUGCGGCGAUUAUCCUGGCGGCGGCGGGCAUAAAGCGAAUGGGCUGGGAGCACAGGAUCACGCAGUACCUGACGAGCGGGAAUGGCGGCAUGCUGCACGCGGUGGGACAGGGCGCGCUGGCGCUCGAGAUCCGCAAGGACGACGCGAAGAUGCAGGAGCUCGUGUCCAAGAUCCGGUGCGAGCGGACGACGCGCGCGUGUUCCGCUGAACGCGCGCUACUCCGCGCGCUCGAGGGCGGCUGCAGCGUGCCCAUCGGCGUCGAAACCUCGUGGCGCGGCGGAAAGGGCCUUGCGGUGGGGAUCCAGCCGCCCAAGGACUUCGACAAGCACGGGGUGCCGGUUGAGGAGCCGGAGCCUGCGCUCGAUGAGCAGGAGCUCGUGCUCAAGACGCUGGUGGUGAGCGUGAAUGGGAAGGAGUGCGUCGAGUAUGAGACGGCGCGGAAGGUGCGAUCGGCAGAGGAGGCGGAGGAUCUGGGGAGGGAUGUGGCGAGGAUCUUGCUGGAGAAAGGGGCGGAUAAAAUUCUAGAGGGGAUUAACAAGGAGAAGUUGUGGGCGGCGAAAAAGCAGGAGGCAGAACGCGCGGCGGCGUCUUGAGCAUGAAGCUUGUACUCAGAACCAAUCUCACAGAACAGCAGUACGACUACUGCCACAGGGAAUUUAACCUGUGUGAGAGACAUGCACGCACUGAAGCUCCGUGUAUCACUUCGCUUGCGCCCUAUAUGGUCUACCUGCUAUGAUUUUGAAGACAAGAAAGCCAGAACCCCCACCCUACGACCACUCCUUGAAGCUCUUCUGUCUCUGGCGACUAUUCCACUGCAGAGUCCGACUAAUACUAUCAAUCCAAUCCUUGCUCUUCCGAUCCAGCGGCAGCACGCUCGGAAACGGGAAGCGACUCGCACUAAUCGUGACAUAAUCCCCCGGCUUCAGCUCCACGCGUUCUCUCCCGUCAAAACUCGCCCACGAGCUCAUUCGCGCAUCGUAGGGCACCCCCGCACGCAG